AUGGUUACGCAGACUAGGAAGAUGUAUGUCAGUCAGCAUAGCAAGUAUUCAUGUGGAUUCUGUAGCAAGUUUUCUGUGAAGAGGAAGGCUGUUGGCAUUGGGGGAUGCAAGGACUGUGACAAAGUGAAGGCCGGUGGUGCCUACACCUUGAACACGGCUGCUGCUGUUAUAGUUAGGAGCACAAUCAGGAGGCUGAGGGAGCAAACCGAGUGUUAA